AUGAGGAGGAGGCACAUUCAGCCUCCCAAUCCCGAGCGACGACCAAGGCACCGACUUCACGGCCCGCCACGCACCGGUCUCAUGCAUCAACGCACAGAUCAGGGCAGGGUACUAGCAGGGCCCCCACCCAUGGUUUUUCUGACCUCACUCAAGGGACCCGCGCUUCAUUGGUACACCCAACUACCAGCCGGAUCCAUCGACAGCUUUGCCACCUUGAUGCGGCGAUUCGUGGCACAAUACGCCACCAGCCGGCCUCACCACACAACCUCGGCCGCCUUGGCCAACCUCAGGCAGAACGAUGAUGAAUCUCUGCGAGCUUUCAUGGAGCGCUUCUCCAACAUCUCGGUUCGGAUCCGGAAUCUAAACCCGGAGGUCGCCCUGCACGCCAUGCUCAUGGCACUGAAACCCGGAUCGUUCGUCGACAGCCUAUGCCGCGACGCCCCCCGCGACAUGGAUGAGCUGCGUGCCCGCGCCGCCGGCUACAUUCAGAUGGAAGAGCACUCGGCCUUCCGCGACCAAGUUCGCGGGAAGGGCCCCGCAAAACCGGAACAGGGCCACAAAGAUAAGGUAAAAGUUAAUAAUGACAGCCAAUUCAAGAAGCCGGCCAGAGCCAACAGAAGCGGGAGGUAUGACUUCUACACUCCCCUAAACGCCCCGAGAGUCCACAUCCUGGAAGAAGCUAGUAACAAUAACCUACUAGCCCUUCCACCACCCGGCCACACCCCCAACAGCGCCGAUCAGUCCAAACACUGCCGGUACCACAGGAACUACGACCACACCACUGACGAGUGUUGCACGCUUCGGGACCGCAUCGAAGAGCUCAUCCAGGCCGAUAUAAGUCAGGAAACAGCGUCGGCUCCCUUACGGGGAGUAAUCAACACGAUUGCAGGUGGUUUUGCUGGAGGAGGCGCCAACAACGCGGCCCGGAAAAGACACUUGCGGAACAUCAACUGCGUCCACUCUACCACCUCGACCUCGCACCUAAGUUCGCCGCCGAUCUCCUUCUCCAAUGAAGAUUACGCCGGCGUCAUCCCUAACCAGGAUGACCCCAUGGUCAUCGUUGUGGAGAUAGCCAACUCGAAAGGGCAGAAAACACUCAUUGAUCAGGGAAGCUCGGCUGACGUCCUGUAG